AUGUCAGGAGCGGGGGGCAAUGAUCUUUUCAGGGCAUGGCUGCAGGCGUAUGCCAGUGUGGCAGCUUCGGGGAGUUUGGAUCCCGGGACGGCGGCAGGAGAAAUUACCACGAAAUUGAAGAAGAGUUUAGAGGAUGAAUGGGAAGAAUUGAAGACUUCCUUAGAGCAGCCGGGGUCCACGGAAAUAUCUAGUCUGUGUGCGAGCGUGGGGAGCCUCGUGGAGGGUGUGUGGACUGAUCAGAAGGAGGCUUAUCUGAAGAAUUUAUGUAAAGGAAUAGUCGAAAUAAAAUAUUUCAUGAGUGGUGUUGAAACAAAGAGAGAGGAUAAGGGUAGAGGUGGUAAAGAUGAGACAGCACAAAUUAAGCAACUCACGGAUGCUCAAGCUUAUCCCCGCUGUAUUGUUGGAUCCGUCGCUCUGAACGAAUUGUACGGCGAUCAUUGUAAAUUGGAUGGCAUUAUAGGGGAAAUAUCGACCACAAUGAACAAUAAAUUAAGGGGGUAUCCCACGCAGAAUGGGCAGAGCGCUGAGGACCAAUUGAAUAAAUGCCAAGGAAUUACGAAGGAACAACUAUUCAUUGGUAAAUCUAUUAUAGGCAAUACAAUCAAACUGUGGGCCGAAGGGGAUAGGGCGAAGGAAGAAAGGAAGAAGAGCAGGGACCAGACAGGUGGAGCCCUGAGGGUGGGGUACGUGUGGAGGUACUGGCCAAAUGUCUGUGGGGGGAAGGGGAAGCAGAAGGAGGAGCAGCAUUUGCGGGAACUGAGAAGGAAUAAUGCGAAACAUAUGAUGUCAUUUCUUACAGUGGGCGAUGAUAACAUGAGCAGUGGGGCCGAUACUGAUGGAAAACCGACUUUAGGUGAAAUAUUAACUGACGACAGUUACACCGUGGAGAAAGACCAACUGAAUUCAGUACUAUCAGUAUUAGUCGAGGGCAGUACGGGUGAAGUGGACACUUCAAAACUGCCGACACUAAUGCAGACCUUAGAGACGAUUUCGAAGGAAACUAAAGCUGAAGUAUGCAUGAAGCAAGAGGGUAAGACACUUUGCCAGCGCUUGGAAUGUGCAAAAGAUUAUUGGAAAUUGAAUAACACGGGACAACAGCAGCAGAAUUUUUGGGACAUCUAUGUCAAGGGGAAAGUGGAAAAUCUGUUUAAUGGGGCGACUACUACUAGUAAUGGUGGCACCCCAGGUGCCGAUUGCGACAAACAGAACCUGGAUAGUGCAAAUAAAGCAGCAUGCAACCACAUGGCAAAAUUGUUGAAUAAAAUGUACCAAAGUGCAAAUGGUAGCACUAAGGAAUAUUCUGAACAAAUUAUAAAAUGUGUUCUUUUAAGAGAAUAUGCUAAAAAAUUAAAAGAAAAAGCAAAAGAAGGAGGGUAUUGUAGCAUAGACGAUGGUUUAAGUAAAGCUUUUAGUAAUAGUAGAAGCAUUAUGGAUAAUGGAACAUCUCAAUGCAAAGAUAAUAAGGGUAAUAGUACUUGUUUUGAAUGUAAAUGGGACAAUACUGACGAGCUUAAAAGUUGCACCAUUCCCAAUGGCAGCGGCACAAAAGAGGAAGUAAAGGAAAAAGUGGAAUUAUUGCUCAAAGACAACCCCCAAACGGUGGACACUGAAAUAGAAAAAACCGUGAAUGAUAUGAACAGUAAAAAUAAGUUAUGCGAACGUGUAAAAUGUGCAACAGCUCGCUGGUGGAACGACAAAAAAAAUGGCGGGAAGCCGAACGGCGGAACUGUAGACUGGAAGGAAGUGUGGGAAGAAGUCCAAAAGGAAAUUACCAAGCUCGGUCAGACCAUGUCUAACAAUGGAGACAAAACUUUAGACAACCACUGCGGUGGUCUCGACUACAAGAAAAAAGAAGUAUGUCUCCUCUUUGCGAGAGGAUUACAGCACAUGGGACAAAAUGCAAAUGGUAAAGAAAAGUUCUUUGAACGAACUAUGAUGUGCGCAGCACUAAAUGCUUACGCCAAAAAAAUAAAGACUGAUGCAGCAGCAAAGAAGAAGAACGGGACAGGGAGCUGUGACAUAGAUCAGGGUAUAACGCAGGCCUUCCAGCACAGUAAAACCAUUAUGGGUAGUGGAACAUCUCCAUGUACCGAUCCUAACAAUCCUGCUUGUUCUGUAUGCAACGAGGAAAGUUUUGAUGAUUGCUCGGUUGGCACUGAAGAUGUAAAGAACAAAUUGACGAAAUUUCUUGUGGACGAGGACGAUAAGACAGGACUGAAGGAAUCUUUGGACAAAAUAUGUUUACCAUGUAUAGAUGAGAAGGAAUUAUGUAAGCGUGCAGAAUGUGUAGCUAAGAGAUGGGUAGAAAACGGGAGUGCACAAAAUGGAAAGAACUUAUGGGAAGACGAUAACGGUGUAAAGAAGGAAUUAAAGGAACUCUCUAAGAAUAUACAAGAUAAAAAGGGCAAUGUAGAAACGCACUGCAGAACAUUCAGUGGAGAAGAGAAGGAAGUAUGCAAGCUCAUUGCUGCAGGUUUAAAGGGUAUUUAUGAAAUUCAGGCAGUUAAAAGCACUGGCGGAAAGAUCACAAAGAAGGCUUUAGAGGAUCAAUUAUUUAAACGUACCAUGCGUUGUGUUUUAUUAAAUGCUUUUGCUGAUAAAUUAGAAUCACUUCCAUGUAAGGAUGAGAAGAAAGUAAAGAACGCUGUAGAUAAAGCAUUUGAGAAGAAUAGUGAUAUUAGGGGUGGAAUUGAUGCGUGCAAGAAAGAUGAUGAUAAAUGUUUCACGUGUGAUAGGUUUAACGGUCUCGCCAAUUGCGAAAUUGGCGAGAACGGUAACAAGGACAAAGUAAAAGGAAAAGUAGAACCCAUGCUAGAAGGAGAUAAUACACUCAAGAAGCAACCUCUGGAGAAGACCAUAUGUAAACCGUGUACUGGGGAAAAGAACGGGGAUUUCUGUAAAGAACUUCAGUGUGUAGCAAAGAAAUGGGACAAAAGGAAGAAUGGAACCUCAGCCGGAAACGUUACCUGGGAAAACAUGAAGGAUGACUUUGGAAAGGAGUUAGAAGCACUGCUGACAGACAUGAAGACAAAGCAGGGUGACGUUGCCACCCACUGUGACAAAGACAGCACUGGCGAAACAUGGAAAGUUGGCGACGCCGCAGGCGAAGCCAAUAUAACUGCUUGCAAGCUUGUUGCAGCAGGGCUGCAACAUAUUUCGACUAUUAAGGUGGAAUACAGCGAGUCAGGAAAGGACGAACAAAAAACCCCCUAUGAUAACCAAGAGUUUAAACAAUUCGUUUCUUGUUUAAUGUUAAAAGCCAUCGUACAAAAAAUGAAAGAACAAAGCCCCAUUUGUUACAUUGAACCCGGCAUAAAGGUCGCUACUGCAGCAUGGAAACAAAUUAAAGUAAAAUGCACAAAGCAACCUUGUAUUGACUGCAAUUUGGACGAAUUUCACAAAUAUGACGAAUGCCCCAUUGGCAACAAUGCCACUGACAAAGUGAAGCCUACAUUGGAAUCAUUACUCACAGGAGAGAAGAAAAACGAAGUCGAGGUCGCACUCAUGGACAUAACUAAAACACGUGGAAAUGCGUCUUCUUCUUUAUGUCUCCGUUUACAAUGUCUAGCUCCUCGAGUUCAGGCAUCCAACAAUGCGGAAAAAUUUUGGAAGGAAGGUGGCGAAGUUGCCGACUUAUGGAGCACAUUGUCCAAAGAAAUGACAAAUAAAGGCAAAAACGGAAGCGUACCUGAAUGUAAUACAAUGGAUAAUGGCAGUGGUGCCAAUGCCAAUGGCAGACCUGCCACGAAACCUGAAAAGAAGGCAUGCAAUUAUUUGCAUGCCGGUCUAAAAGCACUGUAUACUCCGACGGCGACGGCGGCGGCGUCGUCGACGCCGUCGGGAGUCAACGAGAAAAUCCUGGAUAAGAACCCACUGUUGAAACAAACAGUGGGUUGUUUAUUACUUCACGCUUAUGCAAAGAAAAUGAAAGGCGACGCCACGUGUUUAGUGGAUUCAGGAAUAAAGAAGGCUUUCGAAACUUAUAGCAGAGGUCUAAUUACUAAUGGUAGUUGCAACGAUGACAAGGGACCUUGUGUUCUUUGCCAUUGGAAUGAAAAGAACUAUGACGACUGUAAAAUUACUACAUCUGGCACAAGUGGCAACACAGCACCAACGGAACUAACGGAAAAGUUAACAUUAGUUAAGGACAAAAUUACCGAAACCUCCGAUACCACCCUGAAGGAAAUAAAUAAAAUGCAAAACUUAUGCGAUUACAUUAAAUGUGCCGCACCGAAUUGGUUCAAGAGCAAACUGCCCACAACCACGAAUGGAGGUGUUAGUAGUAGUACUCCUGCUACUGCAACCAAGACUUGGUGUGACUUUUGGGGGGAGGAAGGCGUCAAAAAAACAUUGCAAUCAAUGUUCCAACACAUGGAGUCUGAAGGAAAGGACACAUCAAAGAACAACACUAAUGAUGUAUGUAAACAUUUUGGGGAUGAAAAUCCACAAAGUGUUGAAAGAAAAGCUUGUAACCAUAUCACAGCUGGUUUAAAAUACAUUGAUGAUAUUCAACCAAACGGUGGUAGUGGUGUUAGUGGUCAAGACAACCAACUGCUUCAUCAAGCAGUUGGUUGUAUUGCUCUUAACAUGUACGCUGAUCAAUUAAGAGAUGAGUCGGACAAAGUUUGUCCCAUUGGUGAGGACAAAAUACAAGAAAUGUUCACUAAAUGGAAUGAAAAAUAUAAUAAUAAUUCUUCGUCUUCGCCUCCAUGUAAUGGUGGUGGUAAUAAUAAUAAUAAUGUUUGUUUUAAAUGCACAAGACAACCAAAUUUUAAUAAUUGCCAACUAAGUGUUGAUAAAAAUUUGAUUAAUACAACACCAUCAACACAAAGUGGACAAAAUUGCACAGAGACGAAGGACGAAGUUAAAGAACAAAUGACCAAACUCCUCAACAACGAAGACAAAAACCAAUCCCAAUCCAACUCCACCAUUAAAUCCAAAAUAAACACCACCUUAACUACUAUCACUGAAAUGACCUCUUCUUUCUGUACUCAAGUCCAAUGCGCAAUAAAAAAAAAACUAAACAGCAAAAAUGGACAAGCAACCUCAGGUGGAACGAUUACACCAUCUUGGAGUGCCAUAUACAAUGACGCCGCGACAGAAUUAGCGGAACUUUUAAAAGAUAUGAACGACCCUAGAAAGCAGAAGAACGUUGACAAAUACUGCGACAACCAUAGCAAAUGGAAUACUUUAGGCCAUAAAGAAAAACAUACAAAUAAAGCAGCUUGUUUACUUUUUGCUGCAGGAUUGCAGCAUAUAUAUAAAAAUAAGACGAAGGACCCUGUUAAUGGCCCAUCGUUUGGACAAACGAUGGGUUGUUUAUUUCUUAAAGAAUAUGCAAAACAAUUGAAAGAAAUGGCUGAAAUACAAAAAAAGUAUAAGGUACAUCCUAAUUGUAGUGUAGAUUCAGGCAUAGAUUACGCUUUCAAUCAAAGUAAAAACAUUAUGGAGAAUGCAACACCUCCAUGUGACAACAAUGUUCCUAAUUCUUGUUUUGAAUGCAAAUUAAAAGAAGAUUAUAAUGGUUGCUUCAUUGGCAAUGACGAUAUAGGAAAUAAAUCUAAAGAACUUCUCACAGAACCGACGAACAAAGAACAUAUGGAAAAAACUUUAGAGAAUACAGUCUGUCCCAUCCUUCUUACGGAUCUCCUUACCCCUUUUCUUCCUUUGGCUCCUGUCUCUAUUGGCCUUUCUGCUAUGGCUUAUUACCUUUGGAAGUAUUUUGGUCCUCUUGGUAAAGGAGGACCACGUUUCAGAAGAUCUCCUGCUGAUAUUCCUGGUUCAUCGGUACAGGAACAAGUCCUCGAUCAUGUGCAGCAAGAUAGUUCACAUGAAUAUAAAUUGGUGAAGGAACGAAAACCUCGUUCUGCUCCAACGAGAACGAAACGUUCUGGUCCCGUGAAUCGCCGCACGAUUAUUGAAAUUCAUUUUGAAGUGUUGGACGAAUGUCAAAAAGGGGACACACAAUUGAACCAGAAGGAUUUUCUGGAACUUUUGGUUCAAGAAUUCAUGGGAUCCGAAUUAAUGGAAGAAGAACAGGUUCCUAAGGAAGAAGUUCUUAUGGAAGAGGUUCCUAUGGAAAGUAUUCCUUUGGAGCAGGUUCCAAUGGAACGUGUUCCAAGUUUAGCUUCCGGGUUUAUGGUUUAG